AUGUUGGUUUCAGCCUCUGUAGAUUCCAUUUCAUCCAUUCCUUCACCCGUGUACCAAUGCAAGAAAGCUUUGUGCCUGAACAUGGCUGUGAACUGCUCACUCACUCUUCUUAACAACUCCUGGAUCGACGUUGAGUUUCCGAUAAAAGCUGAAGCCAUCUGCAGUCCAGUGGGAGGGAUACCACAUACACUCGACUUCAUAUUGUUUGGGAUCCACUCAACAAAGUAGGAUGAGUUCUUAUUCUGCACGUUUAUCAUCUGUUCAUCGACCUCCUUAGUGCUCAUCUUUCCUCUGAACAUGGCAGAGGCUGUGAGAUAA